GUGGAAUGUCUGGUCAACACAGACUGGCAAUCAAUGCUAGCCAAAGAUGGCUUGACUGGUGUGCAGGUGAAUGAGCCCUUAACAGCACAGUCAACAUUCUUAGGUUCAAUAAUUAUUGCCUGAAUAGAUGAAGGAGUAGAAUGGGGGGGGGGUAAUCUUAUGAGUAGAUCCAGGUCUUCUUCAGAAUUUGCCAGUGGGUCAUCCCAUUUCCUGUCCUUCUAGGACCUUGUCUGGAUAUUUUUUACACAGUGCCCCCUAGGGGAGUGCCCUCCUCUUCACAGCCACAUGCUCAUGUGUACCUAAAGCCUUGCCCAGAUUCUUGAAACAGUGACACCCUGUGGCCUAACUUCAUCUUCACAUCCACUGUGCCCAUGUGUGUUUUAACUUAUUCCCAGAACAAGACAAGAUUGGUUAAGAAUCUGAUCUUCGGGCAGAUAAAUAGACUUUAAAUAACACUUUCCCUGAAGUGUGCAAAAAGCUGUAUGUGAACACAUGUUCAACGAAGUCUCCAGAUGGUGGACUUUAUGACUUAAUGCUUAAAAGGAAAAUAUCAGAUUGCCCACAGGCUUUAGGUGGUUUUUGCUAUGGAUGAUAUUUCCUUCCUAUAUACAUAAAAAUGUAAGGUUGUCAUCAUGCUGAAGUUCACGUGGUUGCUGAUAGGGGGCCACACCAACUCCAGCUUCAUGACAGAGCAGCAGGCAGGCGAGCAAGCAAGCAAGCAGUGUAGCCAUGUGAGCUGUUUAACAGAAAGGAGGUCUUCAACUGCUCAAUUGUCUAACUGCUCCCUGAAGCACCUCCCCCCCCGGCAUUAAAUAUGGCUGCCAUGAAGGGGGAAGGCAAUUCAGAAGGCAGUAUGUCAAACCACUCUCUGAAGUUGCUCUCCUCCUCCUUUAAAAAGGGUUGGUGUUUGGGGUGAGAUGGGAGGAGAGGGUGGUGGGGUAAACUCUAUGGAGAGGGGAGUUUGGGGUGAGAUGUGAGGCGAUAAGUGAGGGGGCAGGUGGGGUCUAAAGGGAGGGAGAAUUGGUCAGACGUAAAGGGAGUAGGAGUUGACUACGUAGGUGUCAUGGAAGGGUUGGCAAAUGGAGUAAGCAGAGUGGCAGCCCCUACUACUACUAUAAACAUAAAACACAGAUAUUAAUAACACACAUAUCCAACUUAACAGAUUGUUCAGUGGGAAAUUCUUCUACUGAGUAAAAAAAAGUGGUUGGGUCCACUCUGCUAGCUCUGCAGAGUCAGCUAGCUGGAUUGUUGCCUAAAAUAUCAUGGUUGUGAGUAUUAUCACAACAUUGGAGACUCAGUUUUCAAUCAGGUUGGUGACCUACCUCUUGAGGGAGCAAAACCUGUACAGUGGUACCUCGGGUUAAGAACUUAAUUCGUUCCAGAGGUCCGUUCUUAACCUGAAACGGUUCUUAACCUGAGGCGUGCUUUUGCUAAUGGGGCCUCCUGCUGCCGCUGGUGCACAAUUUCCAUUCUUAUCCUGGGACAAUGUUCUUAACCUGGAGCAACCACUUCCUAGUUAGCAGAGUUUGUAACCCGAAGCGUCUGUAACCUGAAGCUUCUGUAACCCUAGGUACCACUGUAGUUUAACAUGCUGCAUAAAAAAGUACUUUCUUUUAGACUGUGCUAUGUCUUCCAACACUCUAAGCCUAGGGCUAGGAAGAAAAAUAAUUCUGCCCCACAAAUCCCUAUGUUUUGUGCACAAAUCUCUUUUCUCUGAUUAUUACUUUUCCAUUCCCUUUCUGUAUCAUCCUCAGAUCUCAUCACCGGCCAGUCACACACCCCUCCUCGCCAGGUGAACGGGGUCCUGGGAGGUUCGGUGGCCCUCUCUGUGAACAUUGGUCCACAAGCCAAACUGAAGGAGAUCGAGUGGAGCUACCGGGCUGGAUCUGGCCCAGCGCUGCUGGUGGCUUUGUUUCGGGAUGGGAAAUUCGAACGGCCUGAUCCUGGUGACCGGUUUAAGCAGAGGAUAGAAAUGUACAAUGAGACGCUCAGGAUCAAGGCAUUGGAGCUGAAUGACAGCGGUGUCUUUGGGGCUCGAGUGAAGUUAUUCCCAGCUAUCGUUGAAGAUCAGAUCUUCCGCCUCAUGGUCUAUGGUGGGUUAUUAGGUUGUAUGUAUCCAACUAAGUUAUACUCUAUGUUGACUCAUGGAAAUUAAUGAGCCUGAGUUAGUCAUGUCCACUCAUGCAUAUUAAAAAUAAAAUAAUCAGCAGAAUUUCAAUUUUUAGCCCAAGGAAAUUGCCAUCUCUCUCCCUGUUUUACCAGGAAAAGUAUACUUUUGUUUAUUCAGUCAACAGUACAUAAACUUCAGAUACAGGAUAGGGUUAUCCAGGCAAGGGAUCUGUUCACAUUAAUGCAGAAUUUCCGAAAGAAAUGAGUGCCAAAACACAGCCAUCCUUCAAAAUCUGCCCUUUUCUGAAUUUUGCAAUGCAGUUCUUUAACCAAGUAAUAUGGACAAAAAUGCCUAGGUUGGGGUAGGUUUUCCUUUUUUAAAAAAUGCUAAUAUUAGUUACAGUAACACACAAAAUGCAUUUUAGGUAAAAAUGUGUAUAUUAGGAGAAAUUCACACUAAAAUGCUGUUACGAUUUUUUAAACUGAUGUGUAGAACUGAAAUUAAGAUUGGGAAAGUGAGAAUUUGAUAGUUUCCCCCCUCAAUAUUCAAGACAACCACAGUAGAAUAUAUGUAUGUAUAUAUAUUUAUGCACCCACACAUUAUGUAUUUUUAAGUAAAGCAGGGUUGAUGAGCAAUCAAAUGUCGUUCAAAAAAAUGCAGACACUUUCGACUGCAUUCAAAUUUCCUUUAACAGUUGUGGCCUAGUUUUGAUGGCUAUGGAAAGGAUCUUGGCUGUAUUUUCAGUAAGCUUUGGAUUACUGAAAUUCAGUAAUCUUAGGAUCUGCCAUUAAAACAGAAUCAUAAAAUUCAUCUGAGUUUCCACAAGUGUGUGGGAAGCACUGUGGAGACAAAUUGGGAUCUUAUAUCCCUAUGAAAAUUAACAUCCAUGCACAAAAUUAAAAAGGCAAAUGUGUUAAUUUCAUCUGGUCUUUUAGCAGAACCAACAUUAUCCGCAGCUCAUUACUAAGAAAUAUUUAGGGGUUGGGAGGAAAUGGGAGAGCUAAUUCCCCUCCUCCAUUGUGCUUUGGAUACUGGAUUUAUUAAAGCCAUUGCAAACUCGUGGCUGGGAUUUCUGAAAUGCAGGAGUCUGCAGUUUUACUGUGCUUAGAAGCAGAGUGUAGCAGUGUGAGAAGUCAGUUUCAAGCAGAAAUAUAAUAUCCUGUUGGGAGGCAAGAGGGAGCCCCUGGCUCCCAAUUCCUCUGACUUUGUGACAUCUGUUCAAAUUUCAUGUUGGCUGACAUCCACCACAUAUCAUUUUCCCUCUUUCCUCAUCACUGGCACCCAGAACCCGUCUCUACUCCGCGGAUACAGAGUCAGCUGGUCUCCAGCACGUCCAAGUGGUGCAAUGUGACGCUCCAGUGUCUCUCUCCGGGAAAGGAGCAGGUCAACGUCACUUGGAGGAAAGGAAACCCGAUCCGGGAUCUGGGGAGCUCCGACAGAUACCAGGUCUCCCCCGAUGGCAAGACUCUCCGCCUCUCGCUGCUGCCUGCCUCCCUGAACACCACCUAUUCCUGCACGGCCAGCAACCCCAUUGAGCACAAGAUCGUGUCCUUUGACUUGCAGAGGAUCUGCCAGAGUGGAGGUACAGAUGUUUUUGUUUUUAAAAAAGGAAUUACCCCCCACACGGAACACUUUUCAAAAUAAUUCUCUUGCUUUUCCAGCUUUAUCAUCCACACAAAGCAAGUUAUAAGUUCCUCUCCCCAGGGAGGCUCUGGCCUGGCACCAUCAUUGCAUGUCUUUAGUGCCAGGCAAAAACAAUCCUUUUCCAUCAGGCCUUUGGCUUUUAAUUAUCUAUAUGGUAAUGUUUCCCAAACUUUUUAGACUACAAUUCCCAUUAUCCCUGACCAGUGGUCCUGCUAGGAAUGAUGGGAGUUGUACUCCAAAAAGAGCCAGGUACCCUGAUCUGUGGCCUUGUUGUGUAGUUUGGAUGUUUUAAUGCCACACACAAUGUUAUUUUGGUUUUGGUCAUGUUUCCCCUGGGGCUACUGCUGGAGGGGGCUUGUCACAACUUCACCAAAUUACACUUGGGAAAUCGUUGUCCAUACUUUCCUUAAUACUUCAGGCUUUGGUCAUUUUACAGUACAGCAGGCCCAAAGCUUUUUUAAAAAAUACUUUUUUAUUCAAAAUUAAAACAAAACAUAUUAUCCAGAAACAUAUCAUCCUUAUUUCCCUCCCAUUUUUCCUUCCUCCCCCCACCCUCCCACUCAGAAACUCCCUCUGGAGUUUCUGAUUAGUCAGGCACUUUUGUGAACGGAGUUUUGAACCUAAAUGAAUGAGGUUCUGGUAAUGUGCAGCACCGACCCGCUGUCCUUGCUUCAUGGUGAGGCAAGGCUCAGAGUGUGUGUGUGUGUGUGUGUGUGUGUGUGUGUGUGUGUGUCUCAGCCUCUCCCAUCCAAUUUCCCUGUAACAAUGUUCCAGCGGUCUGUGUGCAGAGGCAAAAUCAUGCAAAGCCAGGAAGACAGAUUUCCUGGCUUCCCUGACCCUUAGACUUCUCCCUUUCUAUUUCCUGAUUCACCAUUGGAGUUCCUAACCCCAGCUUGUUUCUUUACCUUUCUAUGUAAUUUCAUCUCUCCUUGCAAUUACUCUUUCUCUCCUAGUUUCUCUGUAGCUUGUGUGUGGUCUAUAAAACUAUCAGAUAUCCCUCUGUCGAUCUGUUUUUUUUCUCUCUCUCUCUCUUUCCCUUUCUGUUUCUCCAAAACCUCUGCCUGACAUUCGAGAGUCCUGCUAUUUUUGUGUACUUGUUGUGAGCACCCGGAUAAUGCUCAACAGCUGCUGCUGUAUUGCUGUGUGAUCUACACACUUGUUUCUUCCUGUGAGCUACCAGGAACGACACAAAAAGCAGCAGCAGGUGUUUGUCUGCUUGAAUUGUGUGUGUAUAGUCGAUCUUGCAAGCUGGCUCCGACCUUCUGCACCCUUCUCAAUCCCAACAGCUGAGGCGUCUUUCUCCAAGUCAGGCUACGUCGUCCUGACCUUCGUCCUGCUAGUGCUGAGUCUUGGGGCUGCCUUCUGGUGCUGGAGGAUCAAUAAUGAAAAAUCGGCAGAAGCUGGUGAGCCAAACAUUUGUUUGGAAUAUUCCAGUCCUUCCCCUACAACCCUAAUUAUGUCACACUUAAAGAAACUCACGAGUCACAGAACACUUCAACCCCUGCUGGUCGUCAGAACAACUUGGAGUUAAGUAAUUUUACCCGAGUUUGCUUAUUUUCUCUUCCCUCCCAAUCUCCUUUCCUUUUGAGCCAUGUCUGUUUUAGACUGUAAGUCUCAAGAGCAGGGACUGUUGUGUUUCUGUGGGACUGGAAGCUGCUCUUGGGAGGCUUUUGGACUGAAGAGCUGGAUAAAACUUAACUGAAUAAAGAAAUUAAAAGGAGUGCAAGCUAAAUGCAAGAGCCAUCAUCUUUUCUGAAAAUCUCUGUGCCUUUAGGAACUCCUUGGUGCAGAAAGAUUUUGCCUGUGCAAACUUUCCUCAAAAGUGUUUCUCCCCACUGACAAAAACUUCCCCAUGCUUAAUAACUGCAAACUGGGCUGUUGUUACUGUCACAGGGGAGCAACCAGAUUAGAUAAUAUUUAUGUUUAAAUGGAAGGGUGAGGAGCCUGCGACCUGUGGAGGAGUUAAGUGUGGCCCUCCAGGCCUCUCUGUCUAACCUCAGAACUCCUCCCAGGUCAAAUACAGUAUUUUUGCCUGGCUGGAAUCAGAUAAAGCCUCUUUCUUGCCUGGGUAGAGGAUAGAGACUGGGUUGUGAGUCUGUGCAGAAAGUAGCCUAAGGCAGCAUUUACAUUGGUUGUUCCACCCACUUUCCCUAUGGCCCCACCCACCACUGGCAUGUGGCCCUCAGAAGGUUGCUCAGAUGGGAUUGUGGCCCUCAGGCUGAAACAGCUCCUAAAGCAAUGUAGGAUCUCUCUCUCACAGAUCUCUCUCGAUCUCUUUCUUCUUCCAAGUUACCAUUCCAACUGUGCAAGUGGAGGAGAGCCCAUCUGAUCCCCAGUAUGCAGAGAUCCUUCGGAGGAGCCCCCCAGAAGGUAACAAUAAGGUGAGACUGUCCUGAGGCCCCCCACUGGGCCUCUCCUCUGCUGGGUGGAAGCCCAGGUCAGCCUAGACCUGUUUUGCAGAAAGAGGAAUUAUUUCCUCAAAAGCUUGGCUAUGGACUCUUCCUUGAAGGCUUGGCUAUGGGGGUCUGCUGAACUUCAGAAUAUACCACUGCAGGACCUCACAGGUCCUUCUUUAGCUACUGGCCUAUGAAGAUGUAAAGGGGGGAGGUUUGCCCUUCACAAUAAAUCCCUCGGCUUGAUGGUAGUGGUAUUUACAGUCUUUAUUGUACAAGUAUUUACAAAGUACAGAGUAUCUCUUCACACAUCUGAAUCAUCGGCAACAGAUCCCGGGAGUGGGGACUUUCAGCUCUGCCUCCAGCAGAGCAGUCUUGGUAAUCUCAUACGUCUGCAUUGUUCCCUACGCUUUAACCUCCUCCUGUCCUGUGGUGUGCCCUUUCCCUCUGUGCCAGAGCUGGAGUGGUGCUGGGGCUCCCCAACAUCAGGGAGUCCUGCCUCCACCUCCCUUUGAUCUCCCACACCUUCCAGUGCUUCCUCUUCUGCCAGCCCCUCUCGCUCCUCCUCAUCCAACUCAGGAGCUGGCUCAGCUGGCUCCGUGACAGAAGAGGACAUUUGAGCCCAGCCGCUAGACAUCUCUCCACAGCUACACAAAUUGAGCUCAGAUUAAGGAAAGGGCCAUAGCUCAGUGGUAGAGCUUCUGUCCUGCAAGCAGAAGGUCUCUGGUUCAGUUCCCAUCAUCUCCAGAUAGCGUUGGGAGAGACUAUUGGUGUUUCGCAACUUUCUGACUUGUUGCAGGACCUUAGCCAGACCUAGGAGAGUAAACGCAGAGUCCAUGGAAGCAAAUGGCAACUGGCUGCAGACAGGAUGGACAAAGCAGGAACCAGUAACUUGUAGUUUAUUAUAUACAGUGGACUAUUUACAGGAACAGAACAGAACACGGAUCUUUAACUAGCUCUCUCUUACACGACUCACAAUUCUCAACCUCCAACUCCUGCACUCGCCACUCUAACUAACACAUUCCAGUUAGUAGGCCAUAAAUCAUUAUUCCCAUGAGAGCUUGACCGAUCAUGGAGCUGUCUCUAUGUCUCUGUAUCACCAGGCAGAUUACACUCCUUUACAUUGGCUGUCGGCCAGACCCUAAUUGACUCUGUGUGAUGGACCAAUGGUCUGAUUCAGUAUGUGACAGCUUCCUAUGUUCCCAAGUGUUGGAGGGCAUCAUAAUUUUAAAACAAACUUCUUCCUUAUUUGCAUUUAGUCCCUAGGUCUCCGGGAAAAUAAUGCGGACAGAAGCCCACAGAAAGAACGGCUUGUCACGACUAUUUACGACCAGAUCCGAAGGACCCCGGACAAUUCUUCUGAAGAAGUCACAUAGGCCUGGUAAGGUCCAUAAAAUCAAACGGUGGUGUUUUUUUGCACAAAUAUAUGCACACAAAUAUGUUUGUGUGUGAUUCUAGUCAUGCACCAGCCUCUCCUUCAAGAUCUUCAACAAGGGAGAGCUCCAGCAGCUCUAGAUAGUUGCUCCCAUUGUCAAACUGGUCCUACCAUCAAUACGUUUCUCUUCAUGUCCCACUGAGAUCUACCCUCAAUCUAGGGUAGAUCCUUUAAUCUAGUAGAGGGGAAGAAGUUUGUCCUCUCUUCUGUGGGAGAGCCCCAAUAUGCCAUCUGAUUUAUAAAUAUAAUUCUGUUUCACAGCAGCAUCCAGCAAGAGGGAUUUUGUCAAGAAACAUCACCUUUGCAGGGGCCAAAAACCAAAUGAUGUGCCAAACCCUCUGAGCACCACUUGGGACUUGCCAAGGCUACGUUUUGUUUUUGUUUUUUGGCACAGAAGAGAAGAGAAUAUUUCACAGGCAAAAUUCCCUUUCUUUCCUUUUAUUGUGAAACCUUAUUUUCUGCUACAAGCCCUCACUCCAAAUUUACUAGAAGUCCUCGCUCUGAAAUGGCCGGAAGCCCUCACUCCAAAGUGGCUUGAGAAUAUCUUGCUGAAGCUGAACCCUGGAAGGGAGAAUGAUCCAAGGCUUUCUAAACUAUGGAGCAAACUAUUCUCCAAAAGAUCAGUCCAUACAAUGGAGUUUUCCACCUGCCUCAAAAGAAAGCAAAGAGGGGGGUGGAGUCUUGAGAUAUCCACCCAAAAAUUGGGCAGAUUGGCAGAGAUUGAAAGAUUGCCCACCACUCUUCUCCUAAAAUGGAAGCCAUUGUGGGCAGCAGCAACAUGUAACCAGAACCAUUCUAACAUGCAAUUACAUGGCUAAAAGGAAGACUCUGCUUUUGAGAUGGACAAGACGGCAAUAAAUAAAUAUUCAGACUUACAUCCCAUAAAUGUUUUAGUAAGCCCAUCCAUGGCUGUUUUUAAGAAAGAGAGAGACCAUCUAUGAAUGGAUGCGACAUCAUGCUCAGGAUAGCAUCUGUCAUCCAACUGCUAGACCUGAAUCUCUCCUUAGGUGUCACAAUAGACUUCCCUUUGGGCUGCUCUGCGUAAGAGGGCAGUGGACUCUUGACUAUGCUAGCAAUUCUGACCUUGUGCUCAUGGUGUAUCAAAGUAAAUAUGAAAGCAAAACUAGCACUCCUACAUUCCAGUUUUAAACAAAACUAAGAGGAAGGUGAUGCUGCCGCUGAUUGAUCAUCCUGAAUGAUGCAGUUCAUGAACUGGGACUGGAAUGAAGAUGGGUUUCUGCUUAUGGGAAAGGGAUGGAUGCAACAGGGUUUGUUUCCACAUAAAUAUGGUGGAGGAAAGGGUCCUAGCUCAGGGACAGAACACCUGUUUUGCAUGUAGAAUGCCCCAGGUUAAACCCACAAUAGCAUCUCCAAGUAGACCUGGGAACGUCCCCUCCCUGAAACCCAGGAGAGCUGCUUCCAGCCAGUGUAGACCGUCCUCAGCUAGAAGGACCAAUGGUCUGAGUCAGCAGUAUGCAGCACUUGGGCAAAGCCAUGUCUCAGUGGUAGAACACCUGCUUCACAUGUAGAAGGUCCCAGCUUCAAUACCUGAAUGCAUCUCCAGAUAGGGCUGGGGGGAAAGACACCCUGCCUAAAAUCCUGGAGAGUUGCUGCCAGUCUGUGUAGAGAACACUGGGCUAGAUGGAGCAAAGGCAGCUUCCCAUGUUCCUAAACCAAGGAUCCAUUUCUCCCCAAACUAUUGUCUGCACGUUGGCCUUCAGCUUUUCAGAUCUCUCAUAUCAAGAGCCGUUCUUGGACCUGUCUGCGGCUGAACUCUAGAAUGCUCAAAGCCUCUCUUUUUUAAGUUCCAGAUUCCACCCUCUGCUGUUUGAAGUACUUGGGGGGGGGGUGGAAUUAAUGUGUCCUGCAGCAACAUGUUGCAGUUCUAGAUUCCAAUCAGAAUGUUACACUUACACUUACACACACACACACACACACACACACACACACACACACACCACCUCCUCACCCUGUUCUCCAUUUUCCUUUUGGCAUGUUCACUCUAUAAUCCUCAUUUGGUUGAUUCUCUUUUUGGGGGGAGAAGGUGUCCCAUUAAGUCUUUUGCUUUCAGGUUUUCGUAUGUCUGCAAACUUUGGGGUUCCUCCAGGCCUGGAAAUGCCUCCCUCCUCAUGUAGCUCACAGAGAUCCUCUUUUGGCCACAGUCCAGUCAACACUUGGCCCCUAUCUACUUGCUAUUACAAGGGUGGAAGCUGUUCAGAAACCUGUGCUGGAGACCUCUGGCUUUGAUGUCAGACACCACACUCACACUGCAAUGGUGGGAGUGAUCUUCAAAGAGUUCUGGGUAUAGAUUUAAUUCUGUGGCUGCCCCUUACCAAUAUUUUCUCAUAGCCGAAGUGUAGAAAGCCAAGUAUCUGGACCUCCCAGCCCAGCUCAAGGUGCUGCAGGACCACAGAAACCAACUGUGCAUUAAUAAGCUGGUCAUUGUAUCAUAUCUGGUCCCUGCUCUAGAUCUCACGAGUGUGUAUGUUGGGCACCAUGCUAUGUACUGUGUUAUUUGUCUCAAUAACAUUUGGUAAAAUAACCCUUUGAAGAAUGUUGCCAUUGCCUGAUGGAGGUGUACGAAGAUUGUGGUUAAUAAUACCCAUGAGGUUUUGUAUAUUUUUAUUUCAGUCUGCCCAAAGUCGGCACACACAGAGGCCAUGCAAUUACUUGGGUCAAAUUAAAGAGGCAGCAGGUUGUUGUUUCAGCACUGGGUGAUGGGACAGCAAUUGCUGCAUGAGAAAAAGAGCCCUAUCCAGAAAUACCAAGUAGCCCAUGGCAGUCCACCCUCUCAGACCAAGUGGGCUUCAAGAGAACUUCAACACAGAACCUGUGGGCCAUGCACCAGUGAAGGUGGUGAAUGUCCUGUUUGAGUGUCUGGAGGUGGUUGUAAGAUGGAUGGUAGCUAAUAUAUUCAGGUUGAAUCCUAACAAG